GUGGACCACAAAAAAAUAAAUAUCAAACCUAUGCUUUCUGUUUAUAAUAAUUCCCUUCUUGCCCAGCUAGAAACUUGAGUCUAGCAAAGUCCUAUUGAGAUGGAUUCAAGACUGUUGAAGGCUACGAGAGAGGGAGAUGUAGCCACAUUGGAUUCGUUAUUUGAGGAAGAUCCGUUGAUCCUUGAUAGAGUUGCCUUAUCAGGAAUUGCAGGGACUCCAUUGCAUAUUGCUUCACUUGCUGGAAAAACUGAGUUUGUGAAAGAAAUACUAAGGCUUAAUCCUUCAUUUGCAUGGGAGCUGAAUCCAGAUGGGUAUAGUCCUUUACACUUAGCUUCUGCUAAUGGGUAUAUUGAGAUUGUGAAAGAGCUCUUGAAACUUGGCCCCCAACUUUGUCUAAUCAAAGACAAAGCCCGGCGAAAUCCUCUUCACUUUGCAGCCAUGAAAGGUAGAGUUAAUGUGAUUGCAGAGUUGAUAUCUUGCAGUCGAAAUUGUGUAAAACAAUUGACAACACAGGGAGAGAAUCCUCUUCAUUUGGCUGUAAAGAAUAAACAGUUUGAAGCAGUUAAGACAAUGUUGGAAAAGCUGAAGGAUGAUGAUGAAGAUGAUAUUGGUGAACUGAUAAAUGCCAAGGACAGUGAAGGUAACACCAUCUUGCAGCUGGCUAUGGCUACUGAGCAACUUCAAGUGAUAGAACUGCUGAGAAAUGAAAGCCAGGUUGAGCAAGACAUGGGUAUAACAGAGGUUGGUUCAUCUUCAGUUCAGGUUCUGUUGCUUAUCGCCCUUAUAUCAAUGAUGAUAACUUACAUUACUCUCUCUGCUAAAAUGUCCCCAAGUGGCCUCGCAUUGCUCAUUGUGUACCUCAUCACAAUUGCCAUUUUCGUCUACUGUGCAUUGGCAAUUGAAUUUGUCAAGAAAAUACUGCACAGCAAGUUUGAUUUUGCAGCUGGAAAAGUUGGUGGCAUGGCAAAAGCACUUGUAAAGAAGAGGAAACCAACUUCAGCUUCUGCCGAUGCCUUGAAAUUAGAUGCUUGAUUCUGAGUUUUGAAGCUAUUAUCUGCUUGUUACUUAAAACAAAUGAUAAAAAGUAAAUUCUGUAGCGUGAGUAUUUGCUGAUAACCAUAUCCCAUUUUGUAAUUGAAAGUUUUUGGUGUGAUUUAAGAGCAAGUUCAAUUCUAA